AUGGAACUAGAGGACCAUCUCUAUCCUGUCCUUUACCUGCAGGUUGAUUGUUCUGGAUACCCCAGCACCAGAGAGGGUAUAACAUGCCCUGAUGCCUUCAAACCAAUCUGUGGUACUGAUAAGAAAACUUAUGUGAAUGAAUGUUUACUCUGUGCCACUAAUGCAGAAAAAGAGCUGAACAUUAAGAAACUGCAUAAUGGGGAAUGUAUUGCAUGCCCAAAAGAAGAACAAACUGUCUGUACUGUGGAAUAUAUGCUCCACUGUGGAUCUGUUAACUCUACUUAUGCAAACAAAUGUGCCUUUUGCAAUGCUGUUGUGAGGAGCAAUAAUUCUCUGACCUUAAAGCAUAUUGGCAAAUGCUGA